AGGUAAAGUGCAAAUUGAGGGGCCCAAUGCCCUCUCGUAUGUAGCAAGGACUCGAGAGAUAGCAGAGUUUAUGAUUAGCGAAGGAGGGGUAGAUAUCCCGAUGGGACCAGUGGCCUACAUAAUACAAUUCAAGCCGUGGAUGACCAAGGUCAAAUUCAGGGAGUUGAGAAGACAGGAGGAUAACCGUACAUUCUGGGUAAUUGCUAUCCAAGUACUGCUGGACGACAUGCCUUUUAUUUAUGCACAGAUCGAACGAGUAGUUAGGAAGAUAGUCGUGGGACAUCCACCAGAUGCAGAUCUGACAAGACCGGCGUUAGUCAAUGCACGGUUUGAUGUGAACUCAGCGCUUUGGGAUGGCGCCAUGGGCAACGGAGAAGGCGGAGGAGGUGUUGGAAGAGGAGGUGGAAGAGGAAAAGGAGGAGGAGAAGGAGGAGGAGGAGGACGGGGAGAUGGAGGUGGUGGAGGAGGAGAAGAGUUGUGCAAGGAGGUGGUAGAGGUGAAGGUAGAGGAGGAGGUAGAGGAGGAGGUAGAGGAGGAAAUGGGGGCGGCGUUAGCGGCGACGAGAAGUUUACAGUUGCUUGACCAUGCUGAGGGAACAAUGGGGGAGGAGAAGGAUCAGCAGUCUGCGAGAAUGGAGAGGGAGGGAGAGAUUACCCGCCCUGCUGCAGUGCUUGCUCUCUUCGAUGUGGAUGGCACCUUGACUCCUGCUCGCAAGGAGGCUGAUCCUGACAUGCUCGUCUUUCUUCAAGAGUUGAGAAAAGUUGUUAAAGUCGGAAUUCUUGGAGGGUCGGACUUAGUUAAGAUCAGCGAACAGCUGGGACCGAACACAACAAGCGACUAUGAUUAUGUCUUUGCUGAGAAUGGGUUGGUGGCGUACAAGGACGGAAAACCGCUGGCUUGUCAGAACUUGAAAUUGCAUAUGGGUGAAGAUCAACUCAAGGAACUAAUUAGCUUUAUUCUGCAUUACUUGGCGGAUCUAGACAUGCCGUUCAAGAGAGGGACAUUUGUGGAAUUCAGGACGGGGAUCAUAAAUGUGUCGCCAGUGGGGAGAAACUGCACGCGGGAGGAGAGGCAGGCAUUCAUAGAGUACGACAAAAUUCAUGGAGUGCGCGACAAGAUGGUGAUCGUGCUCAAGGAGAAGUUCGGACACUUGAAUCUCUCCUUCCCUAUAGGAGGGGAAAUCAGCUUCGAUGUAUUCCCAACGGGAUGGGACAAAACCUAUUGUCUGCAAUUCCUGGACAAACACUUCUCCGAUAUCCACUUCUUCGGUGACCGAACGUACAAGGGAGGAAACGAUUAUGAGAUUUAUUCCUCCCCAAGAACAAUAGGCCAUUCCGUAACAUGCCCUGCGGACACUAAGAAGCUCUGUACGGAGCUGUUCCUCUCUUCUUCUUCUUCUUCUUCUUCUUCUUCUUCUUCUUCUUAAUUUUUAUCAAUACCAAUACGACACCGUCUGUUUGCGCGCGCGUGUUUGCGUGUGUGUGUGUGUGUGUGUGUGUGUGUGUGAGAGAGAGAGAGAGAGAGAGAGAGAGAGAGAGAGAGAGAGAGAGAGAGAGGACGGAUUUAUUUUUUUGGGGCCCUAUUCUUUGAAAUUGAGCAUGAUGCCGCGGCUAUGACCUCUGGGGGAUCAGCCCAUGCAGCUGAAUGGUAGAUCAAAAUAACUGUCGAUAAGCAGACCUGAGCUCGAAUCCUGGCGGAAUAAAGUAACUUACGAGUUACGGAAGGCCGUCGCCCUUUUUGAAGCCAAAAAAGGAAGAGAGAAAACUCUGGGGAAAUCGGGGAUUUGCCCGGCGCCCGGCGGCCCCCUUCUUCAGCCCGCGGUAUUCUUUAGUAAAAGGUGAAAUUGAGA